GCACUGCCAACGAUCUUCAACUCCUACCCAUCCGAUGACCGCAAAUCGGUUCUGCAGGUCUCGAGAAUUGGUGCAGUCAUCGUUCUGUCAUCAUACGUCGCAUACCUCAUAUUCCAGCUGCUGACGCACGAGAAAACCCUGGGUGGAGAGGAAGAGGCUCUGAGUCCGGGACUCGAAGAGGGCGAAGACGAAGAGGAAGACGAUGAGGAUGAUGCAGGCCCCGGGCUUUCCGCGUCUUGCGCAACAGGCUUGAUGGCUGUGUCGACGCUGGCCGUGGCCGUCAACUCCGAAUUUCUCGUGGAUGUCAUCGAGUCAGUGGUGCGGUCAAACGGCCUCCCCGAGAGCUUCAUUGGAGUUGUCCUUCUGCCGAUCGCUGGCAACGCUUGCGAACAUGCAAGCGCCAUCCGAUUUGCCAUGCAGGACUGGGCUACCACUUGCGAUGUCCCGGAACAUCCUGCUGUGUCGGGGAUAUGCCUUAGAGCCAUGGCCAUCACCGUGACGGUGUGCAUUCUGAGCGGCGGCCGGGCGAGCGUGUCUCUGCCCCGACACGCGUUGAUCUCCGCCUUGCGUCGUGCAGCACAGUCUGCUUUGGGGCGUGGCAUCCGUGCUCUAGUGACUUCGACAGGAGAAGUCCUGCAGGCCUUCAGAAGUUUGGCAGAAGAAGGAAUCGAAGACGGUGACGUUGUUUCCGCCAUCGUCCGAGAGGUUGAGGUCUUUGCCCACAAGCUCGGGAGGUCUUUUGCUGCCAUCGGCACAGAUGGCAGGGUGACGACGUGGGGCCAUGGCUCCAAUGGCGGUGACAGCUUGUCUGUGAAAGAAAAGCUUCAGGACGUCCAGGACGUUAAGGCCACAGUUGGUGCUUUUGCUGCCAUCUGUGGCGAUGGCAAGGUCGUGACAUGGGGCAAUCCCGACUGCGGUGGGGACAGCACAGCCGUAGAAGCCAUGCUUGAGGAUGUUUGCUCCGUGCAGGCGACAUACAAAGCAUUCGCAGCUCUUCGGCGUGAUGGAUCCGUGAUUGCUUGGGGUAGCGGAGCAUAUGGCGGCGAUACGGAAGAUAUCAACUUCCAACUCCAAGAUGUGCGAUGCGUGUAUUCUACCACUGGUGCUUUCGCUGCGGUAAAGCACGAUGGGACCGUAAUCACUUGGGGUUCUCUGUCCUGUGGUGGCAACAGUGACACGGUCCGGGAGUUGCUGACAGAUGUUACGGAGAUUGUUGGAGCCUCUAGGGCUUUUGCAGCCAUCAAAGCGGAUGGAACAGUGGCAACAUGGUGUUGCAAGCUAUGGCCAGACUUCGAUGCCAUUGUGGGUGGCGACAGUGAAGCUGUGCAACACCAGCUCACGGACGUGCAGCAGGUCAUAGCAUCCACCCAUGCGUUUGCGGCGAUCCGAUCGGCUGGAGACGUGGUAACAUGGGGGGCUUCCAGCUGUGGUGGCAACUGCGAAGCUGUCCGCGAACAGCUGGCAGAUGUGAAAGCAAUCCAUGCAAAUGCUUUUGCCUUCGCAGCAUUGAGAGCUGAUGGGACUGUUGUGACCUGGGGCGACAAUGCAUACGGAGGCGACAGUCGGGCUGUCCACAGUCAGCUGCAUGGAGUCCAACAUAUUGUAGCCACAGGCGGAGCUUUCGCUGCUCUGAGAAGGGAUAGGACAGUUGUGACUUGGGGGAGCGCAGAGCACGGGGGUGACAGCUCUGCUGCCGCUGACCUUCUGGUCAACGUGCAGCAGCUUUGCCCUUCACUGCGAGCGUUUGCCGCUCUCAAAGGUGACGGAAGUGUCGUGACAUGGGGUAGCGCAGAGUAUGGCGGAGACAGCUGUGCAGUACAGGAGCAGUUGCACGACAUUCAUCGUUUAGAUGCCUCGAUGCGCGCCUUCGCUGCUGCGAGAGUAGAUGGCUCCUUUGUAUGGUGGGGCAAUCUGGCGUUUGGAGGCACCACCAACUUCAUGGAGCAUGGCUAUUACUGA